CAGGGGUUUGGCAGCACUUGCAAUUCCACCUGCAAGCAAAGUACCUACAAGAGAAGCACGAGAAGCGACCAUUUUCCAACUUGUAAAGGGCGUCUGACUCUAGGAUAACUUUCCAGGCAGUGUUGAACUUUUCUGGCACACUUUCUGUAUCUGUGAUUGAAGCCUUUGAAAGCUAGGUUUGAGAGCACGUUGUCGCUUCCACCUUUGAGUGGUCAUGGCGACUGAUAAAAAGGGGAAGCAGUUUCGGAAGAGGAAAGCGGCAGAAAGCGACGAUGACGAAGAGGAGCUGGACGUCAGGUCUGCCCUGGAAGAAACCAAGUACUUGCAGCGGCUGAGGGAGCGUGGAAAGGGCAUUGAUGCAGAGAAACUAGGGACGGGGGCAAAGGCAAAGGAGGCGACCGAGGUGCCCCCAGAAGAGGCCCCCAACGACAGUGAACAUGCCCUCCUAGAUACAUUCAAGCAGGAGACAACUGUCACUGUCGAGGAUCCAGCAAUGCAACGGUACAUUGAGGAGGAGCUGGCGAAGCGGAGGGGCACGGCUGUUCAGAAAGCGGAGCAGGCAACGAACGAGAACGAGUUGUUCAUGACGCCUGAACACCUGAGAGUCAGGAAGAGGGGCGACGUCGAUCUGGGGAGCUCAUGGACUACCGGGAUUGUGGAGGUCCAAUUGCCUGUAGAUUACAAGCUCAAAAACAUAGAAGAAACGGAGGCAGCCAAGAAGCAAUUAGCGGAGCAGAGUCGUGGGGACAAGAGCAGGCUUGGCUCCAGCAUACCCGCGAACUAUAGCACAGACUACCACCAACGAGGGAAGGAGUUUGCGAACAACCGGCGAGGGCCGCCUCAAGGGAAGGCUCACAACGCUAGUGGGGAGAAAGGGUUAGCUGCUACAGACGACAUGGUACUUGAGCGCUUUAGAAAACGAGAAACACACAAGGCGAUGAGGAAAUAACAGACGAAGUCUAAAAGAAAUUGUCGGCAAGGUCAGUCUGCGCCAGGAAUGGCGUUCUUGUUUGGUGCUUGUGAGUCUGCUUGCUCCGCUCCAGCACGAGUCGUUAGCAUGACUAUUAAGUGCAGUGGUAUGCGGCGCAGCCCUGGAUGUGCAGGGUUUGUACGUGGGUAUGUGGUUAACUCAUCAUGCAGAAGCCCUCUGACAUGCGUGUCGGCGAACACGUCUAGCUCGCAACCGCCUAGGCUGCAUACGUAAUGGUUGAUCUGGGUCCCAUAUGCAAACAAUUGACUAGCUGUCGAUCUACUCGAAAAGCUAAGUUAAGCUGAUGCAGUGCAAGUACUUUUCGAAGAAACUUCACAUAUAUAGAGCCUGCCCAGGGAAUUCUUC